AUCGAUUAAAAGAGAAUGCUUGAUUAUUUGCAAUUACGUAUAAUUCUCGGAAUUCUGAAAAACCCAAAAAGUACAACGAUGGGUUCGAAAAAGGUUAUUGAUCGCGAAUACAUUCAAAAAGUUCUUUUCAUUCCUAUUGCUAUAAUAGCCAUAAUAUCUAUUAUCUUGGUUUUUUUGGUUAUUUCUGGUUCUAUCAACAUACAAAAGUAUAGUUUUUUCCGCUCUGAAAGUGAAAAACAAGCACAAGUCCAGUUUAACAACAAACUACAGUUACAAGUAACUUCCAUUAAUGAUAACUUGGGUACAAUUCAAAAUUUUAUGGUGAAAAUUUUUAAAGACUUGAAAGACCAAAAGGAUUCAACUUUUAAUCUGACUUCUGAAUUUAAUAAACAAAAGGAAAAGAUACAAAACUUGACUAGCCAUUUGAACAGCCAAUUGGAAUGGAGUGAAGUUUACAAAAAGACAUUUAUGAAAACAGUUGAUGAUUUUAAUAAUAAAUUCGAUGAGAAUAAAAACCAGAUACUUAUCUUGAACAACCAGUUAAAAGAGCAAAAGACUUUGAUAACAAGAAUCGCCAACAAAGCUGCUAUUUCUACUGGAAUUACAUUUUUAAAGUGGAAACUGUUUUGUGGAAUAUUAUUUGUAUUUUUUUCAAAUCAUUUCUUCACUUGAUUAAGAUUUGUUUGUCACCAUUAUAGCAGAAUUAAAUGCUAUAUAUAUAUAUAUAUAUAUAUAUAUAUAUAUGUAU